CCAAUCAAAAGACGAGAAAACGACUUGAGGUUGGACAUAUUUUUGGAAUCACACAACUGUUCAAAGGAGCUGGGUUCUGCGAAAGAAGACGGAAGCGCAGGUACCGCAACGAUAGCUGGGAAAAUCACAUUCGGGCAAAGAGGAUCAGGGCCCGGGGAGUUCAACUGGCCUAGCGACCUCGUCGUGUCGCCUAGCAACGAGAUUUUCGUGACUGACGUGUACAACAAACGGGUCCAGGUCUUCAGCAUGUCGGGCGUCUUUCUGCGCAUGUUUCCCGCGGUCAUUUCCGGUACAGAAAACCAGUUAAUGAAUCCAUAUUACAUCACCAUGGAUUCUGAGGGAGAUCUAUGGGUUAUAGGCCGCCAUGUCAUUGACGUGAAUAGAUAUUUCAUCAUGCAGUACACAGCGUGCGGUUGUGUCAAACUCGGGUUCACGGCAAACGAGCCAGGCCUGAAGUUCUUUGGUAUCGCCGUAGACAGAAGGAGCGACAACAUUAUCGUUACAGGGUUCAACACAUGGUCAACUAUUGCCGUUCUGCGGCCUGAUGGCGCCGUAUUGCACGUGGUUCAUCUGGAGCAGAACGGGCAUUUUGAUUCCGUCUCUGUUGACGACGAAGGACGCAUUUUUGCUGUACAUAGUGACUACGUAUACGUCUUCAACUCCUCCCUAGGCUUCUUGUUCAGGUUUAAAGGGAUAAUUGCUGUAGAUGUACCAGGCCGGUGGGCUCUGGGUGGAAUCUGUGCCACCAGCUCGGGGUAUAUCCUCAUUACCUACCCGGGAAGCAACGUAGUGAAGAUGUUGACGCGGCGGGGGGAGUUUGUCCGGGACGUCACCACUGGGGUUACUAUGGUCGGCACUGCUAUUGCCACGGGCCCUGAUGGGCAGGUGGUUCUCGUCGACUAUGAUAGUGUUGUCAUUUUGCCACACUACUGAUUGGGAUGUCCCUGCAGCUAUUCUUCGCGUGUCAGCUGGAUUAAAAAAAAUCUAGAAAGAGAAGAAUAUGAUAGAAUAGGGACAAAUGAUUUGCCAUGGGAUUUCAGUCAGUCUUUUUACAGAGCACUCCUAGGCUUUUGUUCCUAAUUUGGCCAAAGCCCGCUAUUCCUAUUCCACCAGUCUGGAGUCUGGUAGAGACUAGCUUUCCACGAGCGCUUGCGAUUAUUGUAGGGGAAACGCUGAUACGCGUGCGAUUCUGACAUACAUAAUUUACAAGAUAUGGGCCGGGCUCUUAUGCCCACAUACUUAGCUGUAUUGUUCGAUUUUGUUACAAAGGCCAAUGGGUCCAUUCUUGAUAUGAUUCUUUGUAUGUUACGAAUAAAAGUUCAAAACUUGAACUAUGCGGCCCCAGAUGUCUUUCUGAGGGACUACUGCAGUGUGCAAGAUGUCGGUAGCUUGAGGGAUGAAUCUUCUCUACUAUUUACUUAGCUGUAUUUGUUAGUCGUCUCAACAGGUUGUUAUGAGUUGGAUAACUACAUUACUUUGCUGUAAGUAUUAGCGCUAGUAAUUUGUGCAAUAUGUGAUGUAUCACUAACAUCGGAUAUCAGUUUUUGUGACAUGGAAGUAAUAAUGUUACCGAAGUAGAUGUAGUGCCAAAAUAUUUAACAGAAAAUCAAUAAAACUUGAGCUUGUGUUUUGUUCGAUUUUGUUAUAAAGGUCAACGAGUCCAUACUUGAUAUGAUUCUGUGUAUGUUGUGAACAGAUGAUGAACAUUUAUGAAUAUUGUAAGUUGCAUUGCAGCAUUGCACUACUACAACACAACUGAGGGUUACUGUCUUUACUUUAACAUUAUAUUGCUGUAAACGGUACCUGACAAUAGCUGCAAUUGUAUUGAUAUCUUUCAUGACGUAAAUAAAUUGAUAUAUCCAUAUAUAAUUUCAGGUAUAUGUAAAAAUACUGACUAUGUGUAAGUCUAUAAAGCAAAAUGUCAAACACUGCAGUGCUAUAUCGCUACUUUUUUGUGUAGGUAAAAAUGUCAUUCAAAGGCUCAGAAUCGUGCCAUAUUCAGAGA